AUGACUCCUGCCGUUAAGUAUGGGCAGGUCAUCGAGUACAUUCCCGACCGAUUGUACCUAGCUUCAUACACCACUCCGCCCACUGAAGACACUCUCUUCCCAUACCCUGACCGCCAGCCUACCCGACGGUCCCCAAGCAAGCGGUCGGCGAGAGCGGUGGACGGUCCAUCUGCUGUGUUAUCCGAAAGAGAUCGCACUCCUCCCUAUUAUUUCUCUAUUGAUGAUUCAUUGCUAUACAAUGCUUUCCACCAUGACUUUGGACCAUUACAUAUUGGACACCUGUACCGGUUCGCCGUCCAGUUCCAUGACAUUCUUGCGGCUCCCGAGAACAAGAACAAGCCAGUUGUUUUCUGGAGCAAGGCCGAUGCGCGCAGCCGGGCAAAUGCUGCUUGUAUUUUAGCUUCAUAUAUGGUUCUCAUCCAGUCCUGGGCACCGCAUCUUGCUCUCGCGCCCAUUGCGCAAGCGGAUCCACCCCUCAUGCCUUUCCGCGACGCAGGAUAUAGUCAAGCAGAUUAUGGGAUUACGGUGCAAGAUGUGGUAUAUGGUGUCUGGCGGGCAAAGGAAGAGGGGUUCUGUGCCUUGCCAUCAUUUGAUCUUGAGGAGUAUGAGCGAUAUGAGCGUGUGGAUCAAGGCGAUUUCAACUGGUUAACACCAGACUUCCUUGCAUUUGCAUCACCUCAACAUACGCCUAUUGCGCCCAUACUACCAUCCUCACCACUCUAUUCUACAUUACCUACCACCGUUGAUGCAGUGGAUGCUCAUCCCACACUUCCUGGUCCAUUUAAGAAUGUCCUCAAGCAUUUCGGGCAGCGAAACAUCGGCCUAGUUGUCCGCCUGAACUCGGAGCUUUACUCGCCAUCGUACUUUACUGCACUUGGCAUUGAGCAUCUGGACAUGAUUUUCGACGACGGCACUUGCCCACCUUUAAGUACUGUGCGGAAAUUCAUCAGGCUUGCUCAUGAGAUGAUCACCGUGAAGGAGCGAGGAAUUGCGGUCCAUUGCAAAGCUGGUCUUGGUCGCACUGGCUGCCUCAUCGGAGCAUACCUUAUCUAUCGUUAUGGAUUCACUGCCAACGAGAUCAUUGCCUACAUGCGCUUCAUGCGACCUGGAAUGGUUGUUGGCCCACAGCAACAUUGGCUACAUCUCAACCAGGGAACGUUCCGUGAAUGGUGGCUAGAGGAGCAAUUUGAAAUUAAAAUGAAGGAGAAGAUGGCAAUCAUGGCACCAACUACGCCUAUAAGAUCAAGCAAGCCAUACAUGGUGAAUAAUGGCCAGGUCGCAACGCCACCUAAUGCCAGCCGAAGAUCACCUCUGGGUGAGGUCGACAAUGGACAACGCGACAGCAUCGGUGUGCAAGAAGAUUGUCUCCCUGCCCCUACCCCGGGUCAACCGCGAAAGACUAGCAGAGCAGUCGAUCGUCACCAUCCCUACACCCGCAACGUCUCCACUUAUAGCACAACUGAAGAUGACCACAUGAUUCAAAGAGAGACGGAGGUGAUCUCAAUUCAUCGGUCCUCGAUAGAUAACGCAGAGGGAGAAGACGAAUGGCAAAUGCGAAUGCGCACAAGCCGCAAAACAUCUCGAUCCCCCGGUCGAAGUGAAAAGCGCUCCAUCAGCCAAACCACCACAACCAUCUACACGGUCGACAAUGACAGCAGCAACGACGUCGAGAACAUCGGCGCAGGAGCUCGUCCAAAGACCCCCGGAGCCAUGAAAUCUGGCCCCGGAUCCCUCAACAAAGUGCGUGGAAGCCCAAAGCGCAGCGGCGACAGCCUCCGAAACAAGGAGAGUGCAGGCAUUCGAAAGACCAGUGGAAGAAUUGGCAGCAUGAGUGUCUCUUCUCCCCGUAAGGUCUCUGGACUGUAG